UAUCCUGGUAGUCACCUCCACCACAUGGAAGCAGACAAUCUUACACAGAUUUCAGAAUUCCUUCUGCUGGGACUAUCAGAGGCACCGGAGCUGCAGCCCCUCCUGUUUGGGCUGUUCCUCUCCAUGUACCUGGUCACUGUGCUGGGAAACCUGCUCAUCAUCCUGGCCGUCAGCUCAGACUCCCGCCUCCACACGCCCAUGUACUUCUUCCUCUGCAACCUGUCCUUGGCUGACAUCUGCUUCACCUCCACCACCAUCCCGAAGAUGCUGGUGAACAUCCAGACACAGAGCAAAGCCAUCACCUAUGCAGGCUGCGUCGCGCAGAUGUAUUUUUUCAUGCUCUUUGUAGGAUUGGACAACUUCCUCCUGACCGUGAUGGCCUAUGACCGGUUUGUGGCCAUCUGUCACCCCUUGCACUACACAGUUAUCAUGACCCCACAGCUCUGUAAACUGCUGGUUCUGCUGUCAUGGGUCAUGAGUGUACUGCAUUCCUUGCUGCAGUGCUUAGUGGUGUUGCGACUAUCUUUCUGUCCGGGCUUGGAAAUCCACCACUUUUUUUGUGAAAUCAAACAAAUGGUCCAGCUUUCCUGUUCUGACACCUUUCUUAAUGACUUGGUGAUGUAUUUUGGAGUUGGGCUGCUGGGUGGGGGUCCCCUGGCUGGGAUCCUUUACUCUUACUCAAAGAUAGUGUCCUCCAUACGUGCCAUCCCAUCAGCUCAGGGGAAGUAUAAAGCCUUUUCCACCUGCGCGUCUCACCUCUUGGUUGUCUCCUUAUUUUAUGGUACAGGCCUAGGCGUGUACCUCAGUUAUUCCGGCACCCGCAGCUCACAGUCAAGUGCAACAGCCUCGGUGAUGUACACCGUGGUCACACCCAUGCUGAACCCCUUCAUCUACAGUCUCAGGAACAGAGAUAUAAAGGGGGCUCUGAAAAGAUUAGUUGGGAUGGCAGCUCUAAAAGGGCCAGUUGUCCUAGGUCCAAGGAAAUGCCCAUGA